UAGACACAUCUUUUAAAUCAACAAUCUGCAGACCCACAAUUGGUCAAGAGUGAAAGAGAGACUCGGGGCAUUUUGGUGAUAGCUUGACAAUCACAAACAGACAGAAAUACUGAAGCUUUGCUACCAUUUGAGAUGAAAUAUUCAGUCAGUGUGUGUGCACUCUCCCUUCUGCUCUUCAUUGAGCUCCCCUCCCACCUCGCCAAAACGAACCCGGUCCUCUCUCUGCCCUCUAAGUCUACGCUCGUUCUCCCCUGCCUCCCCCCAACCGCUCCCGAAUUAUCCGAGGCCAGCAUCACUUGGACGUUCACCCCAGAAUCCCAAACCCAAAAUGGCUCCUCCCCCAUCCUUCUUGGCCCUCCCAGCUACCUCUUGCCCGGCAUCUACCAGGAGAGCAUCCGUCUGUCCAUCCCGACGGUGGGAAUGAAGGACGAGGGGACAUACACGUGCGUGAUCGAGGGAUGGAAAGAUGAGAGAUCGGUGAAGCUGAGGAACUCCUUCUCCGUCCACGUUUACGAUUCCAGUGCUUUUGAGCUGCUGAAGGCGGCAGAGGGGGUGGUGCAAGAGGAUGUGCAGCUGUCCUGCACUCCUCCUUCUGCCACUCUUUUUCCCCCACUACCUGGCUCCUCAACUCUCCCUGUCUGGUCCGUAAAGAAACAGGGCAGGUGGGAGAGGAUCUAUCCCAAAGUUGUGGAGGAGGGGGAGACAAACGGCGAUGGCAGAGUCCGAUGGGCUUCUCCCUCAAACCUGAUUGAUGAUUGGUCAGUUAUAAUGAGCGGUGUCACCGUGGAGGAUUCGGGAGUAUACCGGUGUGAGUGGGCCGGGGAGAGCCAGCUGUGGUCAGAGAAAGUUGAGCUCACUGUAAAACCCGCCCCAACUGAGCCACCCCCCCGUUGCCGUGGCUACAAUACACCAUGGGAACGGUGUGGUCCGGAGAGCAGUCAGACCUCAGGGAGAGCAAUGCUACAGGAGUCGCUGUCGGAGUUCUCCUUCAAACUCUACUCCCACCUCAGCCAAUCGGAGCGCUCCAAGAACAUGCUCUUCUCGCCGAUCAGCAUCUCCUCGGUGCUGAUGCACCUGCUGUUGGGUGCUCGCGGAAAUACCCAGGUGGCCCUGGAAAGUGCCCUCCGUCUCCCGCACUCGUUCACCUGUCUUCACCAGGAGAUGAAGAGUCUGAGAGAGAAACUGAGAGACAGCGUGGAGGUGGCUUCCAACAUCUACCACAGCCCUGAGUUACAGUUGAGCCAGAUGUUCAUCAACCAAUCGCAGCUCUUCUACGACGCAGUGCCCGAGAAGCUGACCAAUGACAGUGAUUUGAACGCAAGGCUAAUAAAUGAGUGGGUGGCAGGGAAGACCAACAAUAUGAUCACAGACCUUGUGGACUCCGUCUCGUCCAACACCAUUCUGAUGCUGCUCAACACCGUCUACUUUAACGGGAAGUGGAAAAUGAUGUUUGACAAAAAGACUAUGAACGCUCCUUUCAUUACACUAACAGGAGAUAUGAUGUCUGUGCCGGUAUUGUACAGCAGUAAAUACAAGCUGGCCCAUAGAUACAGUUCUCACGUCAAAGCUCAGGUGGCAGCAUUCCCUCUGUCCGGGCGAACGACUCUCUACAUCUUGCUCCCACAUUCGGUCUCUCUGAAGCACCUAGAAGAGCUAGAGGAUGGACUGGAUGACCAAAGCGUGCGGGCGAUGGUGAAAGAAAUGGAGAAGACUCCAACUGAAACAGCUGAGGUCACGCUGCCCAAGAUCCAUCUCAGCAUCAAAACCAACCUGAUGGAGAUUCUGGACACCAUGGGUCUGUCAGAUCUCCAGUUCGACCCUAAUCUGUGUGGCCUGUCCUCAGAAGACAGGAACCCGCCCCUCUCCCUGUCGGACGCCCAGCACCGCGCCUUCCUCUCGCUGACGGAGAAGGGCGUGGAGGCCGGGGCCGUCUCCUCCCUCUCCUUCUCCCGCACCUUCCCCUCCUUCGCCGCCCUCCGGCCCUUCGUCCUGCUCCUGUGGAACGAGCAGGUUAACGGCCCGCUCUUCCUCGGGAGAGUGACAGAGCCCUGAAAGAGUGAGAGAGAGAGAGAGAGAGAGAGAGAGAGAGAGAGAGAGAGAGAGAGAGAGAGAUGGGGUGGAAGGAAGGAAGAAUGGAUAAGCAUGCAAGAGGGAGGAGACUGAGAGUCAGAGAGAGAGGGAGAGAUCUUUUUUUUUUUAGCUGUCGCUGUUGUAGUCUGGUAUCUGAACCAAUAAUCAUAAUUUAGAAAUGUGAUUUGACAUCAUGAAUCUAAUCUAUACAUGCAGAUAAUGGCAAAACUAACAAAGAUGAAAAAAAAAACUUAAAUAAUUUUCUUUUACUGCGAACAAAGGAGGCUCUUCUCAGUGGGGAGAGAAAGCAAUUGUGGUGGAAUUAAACUGAGUAUUAUAUACGAGAGAAACUGUCUUCACUAACUUACCCAAAGUAAUAACAUGUCUAUACUUUACGGACAAUUAUUGACACAGGAGAUUUCAGGGAUCUUUUUUUUCAUCACUACAUCGAUAUGGUUUAGUCACAUGGAAGCAUGCAACUUUAUUAGAUUCUGAGUCAUGGGACAAUUGCGGUUCAUAACAGCUGUAUGAGGAUUUUACACGUGGGUGGAAAAAAUCCCAGAAUAAACAAGAAAAUACAAUGGUUUUUCCAAAACCCCAACCAUGUAAUUUUCUAGUCUUACAUGGAGACAAGUAGAGAAUGAUGACUGUUCUUUGAUUGUUGUGACAAUUUGAAUGCAUAACACUCAACACACUGCAGUAUUAAAAAUGUUAGAGGAAAACACUGUGUAAUUAUGUGUAAUAAAGAAAUAUAAUUUACCAUUUGCAACAAUAA